AUGAUGGCCACGACUUCCGCCACCAUCGCAACCGCCGCCGCCAUCGUCACAGGCACCACCCGCGGACCCGCCUUGAGCGGCAUGCGCGAGAUGUGGUCGCCAUGGCACCAGCACCAGCAGGAGGAGGACACGCGCGGUCACAAUGACGACACGGCGCUGCUGCUGUUGGAGGACGUGGUGCCAGGACUCAUGCAGCCAGCCACGGAACAUCCCUUGGACAUGAUGACGAUGAUGAUGACAACGCAACACCAGCAGCAGCCGUAUGUAGAGGCAGUGCACGGCCCGUGGUGCACAGACAGCGUUGAUGGUGGAUACGAGGCCGAUGAGGAAGACGAAGACGUCAGCGACGACAGCGAUGAUGAUGAAGAGGAGGAGGAGCAGCAGCAGCAGCAGGGGACGAAAGAGCAGGAGUGA